CUCCCUCUCAACCUGAAUGGACAAGGGGCAAACCGAACACUGGCGACCCGACCCGCUUCAUGCCGCUAUGUUCCGGCCGCCGGAGACGCCGCGCGAGCCCAUGGAGUUCCUCUCCCGUUCAUGGAGCGUCUCUGCUCUUGAAGUUUCCAAGGCUCUCUCUCCUGCUAUAUCCAAUGGCGGCGUUGCUAUACCGGAGGACGUAGCCGGUGAAGUGGAAGAAGCCGCCACUGUUUCUGGGAACCCAUUUUCUUUUGCUUCCUCCGAGACAUCUCAGAUGGUCAUGGAACGAAUCAUGUCACAAUCCGUAAGGCAUGAGGUAUCUCCACGGACCUCAGGGAGGCUCUCUCACAGUAGUGGCCCUCUUAAUGGAACCCAGAGUUGUGGCUCCUUAACCGAUAGUCCUCCUGUUUCACCCUCUGAAAUUGAUGAUAUCAAGGUACAUUAUAGCCGCGCCAACAACAAUAACAACACCGGCAACUUAAACAGUCAUAUCAGGCCUUCCCCGUCUGGUGGCGCCGUCGCCGGGGGCGGCGGCGGAAAGACGGUAGGGAGGUGGCUUAAGGACAGGAAGGAGAAGAAGAAAGAGGAAACCAGGGCCCAAAAUGCUCAGCUUCAUGCGGCAGUCUCUGUUGCCGGGGUCGCCGCCGCCGUCGCGGCUAUUGCUGCAGCCACCGCCGCCUCGUCGGGGUCUGGUAAAGACGAGCAGAAGGCAAAGACUGACAUGGCGGUAGCGUCGGCAGCCACGUUGGUGGCGGCUCAGUGCGUGGAGGUAGCUGAGGCUAUGGGGGCUGAGCGUGAACACCUUGCCUCGGUGGUUAGCUCCGCCGUGAAUGUAAGAUCCGCCGGUGAUAUAAUGACUUUAACCGCUGCGGCUGCAACAGCUUUGCGUGGGGCUGCAACAUUGAAAGCGAGGGCCCUGAAGGAAGUUUGGAAUAUUGCAGCAGUAAUUCCUGUGGAGAAAAAUUUGGGAGCUGGUGGUGCUGGUGGUAAUGGUAGCAAUGGAAAUUCUAAUAGCAGCUUCAGCGGUGAACUUGCCCCAGAAGAAAAUUUCUUGGGUAUCUGCAGUAGAGAAUUACUAGCCAGAGGUUGUGAGCUCCUCAAGCGCACACGCAAAGGUGAUCUUCAUUGGAAAAUUGUAUCUGUGUAUAUAAACAGGAUGAAUCAGGUUAUGCUGAAAAUGAAGAGCAGGCAUGUUGCUGGGACCAUCAAGAAAAAGAAAAAGAAUGUGGUUCUUGAAGUGAUCAAAGAUAUGCCUGCCUGGCCAGGCCGUCACUUGCUGGAAGGCGGUGAGAAUCGCCGCUACUUUGGGUUGAAAACAGUAAUGCGUGGUGUUGUUGAAUUCGAGUGUAGAAAUCAAAGAGAAUAUGAUGUAUGGACUCAGGGUGUCUCAAGGCUUCUCUUAAUUGCUGCAGAAAAGAACAACAGAAACAGAAUAUGAACUUCUGUUUGAUUGUGAGGGAGUAGAAAUUUUGGCAAUAGGGAAUAGGAUCCAAUGGUUGCUAUUAUUUGAUACAUGGUGGGGUUUUGAUUACUGUAAAAGGGGUAAACUAAAGGCAAAGUUAUGCCAAAUGGGGUCACUUUAAUCUUGGGGAACGUGCAUAUGGGGAUUUGGAUGUUAAUUUUUUUUUUUUUUUUUGAAUGGGAAAGUGAAGCAUUUGAGCUCAAGUUAAGUGAACCCAACGUGAACCUCAGUCCUUUUGUUCUUUCACUGUUAUGGAAAGAAAAUGAGUAUCUUGGACUUGUCAGUCAAAAAGAAAAGGAAGGAAUCAUGGUGUAGCUAGGGAGAGUAUAAUAUUGAAGACGAAGACAUACCCUUAUUCUAUCUGCGAUGACUGUGGAUUUGGGUUUGGACAUUAUGAAAAAGGU